UUAAGAUAUUGAUCAAUAAAUUAAGAUGAUGGUGAGGAACCAAACAUCCAUUUUUUCCUUCUGGGUUCUUUUUGCUCUUGUCAUUUGUGGAUCAUCACUAGCGCAAGAAGAUCAUCUUUCAACAGAGUCAACAAUGAAGGAGAACUGCAGCUACACAGUUAUUAUACAAACAACAUGUGCACAUGGGGCUGAAACAUCCAACAAUGUGAGCAUUAGAUUUGGAGAUAUAAAAUCAAAUGACAUUGUGGUGAAACAUUUGAACUCCAAACACAUGAGACAGGUUGAUCCGUUACAACCUGAUGUUUAUGACGAGAAACUAAAAAAACCAUUCCAAAUGUGCACUAUAGAUGAAUUUCGAGUUACGGGUCCCUGUGUUAAAUCACCGGUUUGUUACCUAUAUCUUAAAUCUAUGGGAGACGAUAAAUGGCGACCAGGUUUAGCACAAGUUCGUGUGUCUGGAGCAUCUCAUCUUUCAUCGACUGAGUUUUACUUUCGACGUUAUCUUCCUCAGCAUGUAUGGCAUGGAAAGGACAGAUGCGACAAAGAGGUGACUCCCUUUGGUAUAAAACGCAAGAGGAAGUUCUUUCCAAGGCCAUAAACUAUAAACCGGGAGCUUGAAAGUUAGGAUAUGGAUUUUGGUUCAAUGAAGCAUUGUAUGAAUAAACAUACUUCUCGUGUAAUUGAGUGUUGGUGUUCGAUGGUUGUAUUGGAAUAUUAGAGUUUGUCACACACAAGUAGCCGAGGUUAAAGUCCAGUGAAGGUCCGAGGCAACACAAGCAGUCAAGACACUUACUGGAAAAGAGGAUAAAACCAAUCUAACUACCAUGGACUUAAUCAAGAACUGGACUUAAUCAAGAUAAGUGAAGAGAAGCUUCCAAGAUAUGCUGUAAUCCAAUUUGUUAUCUAGAUAUGCUUCUUAUCAUGUAAUUAGUCAACAACACUUAUAGUUUACCACUCUAUAAAUACGAGUGUUCUAAUGUAACCGAAAU